AUGUUUCCAUCUUAUAUAGGUAUUUUAGAUAUUCAGUCAUGGUGGGAAGUGCCCAGUAUCGCGUAUUUUUGUUCCUUGUUCAGGACCGCAUUCAAUCUUCUAGAUUUUGACAUCGAAGAAUUGGAAGAAGCUCUAUUGACAGAUGGCACAGAGGAUUCUGCAAGUUCGCUCUUGACCGAAUUGAUAGUACGACUGUUGAACGGUUGUUUAGGCAACAAUGAUAUCUCUGCAUUUAAUUAUCAGAUGUAUUUGAGACGCCUAUUUAGGCGAAAAUGUCAAGAAACUGGAAGAUACAAUCCUUUUAACACUGAUAUUGAUUUUCAAUUUCUACCCCUCCGCACUAAAGUUGAAAUUCUGUAUGCACUGUGUGACUUUCGUUUGGAUGCUGAAGAUGUUUUUGAUUUAUUUAAAAACUUGGAAGCAGAGAGUUUGAGGGUUGAACCACUUGGCUGGGAUGAUAAUGAUUCAACAUAUUGGUAUUUUUAUGGAACAAGAUUAUAUCGUGAAGAUUAUUUAAAGAAACCAAAAGGUAAAAACAAGAAGAAAAAAAGCAAAGAGAGUAGAAAACGUGGGUGGUUCUAUGGUGAUGAUUGGCUUGAUGACGAAGAGACUGAAAGAGUGUGGCAAGUGGUGUGCUUUACUGAGGAAGACUGGACCCACCUGACAGAGAAGUUUAGUAAAGCAACCAGCAAGGUUGAGAAGGAACUGUUUCGAUCACUCUCUCAGAAUUUCUUGCCAGAGAUACCAAGACUUUUCCAGGAAAAAGAGCGUCUUCAGCGAAAAAGGCUGCUGGAGCUGGCCCCGCGGCGCACGUCCAGCCGCGUGUUGCAGAAGAUCAAGCAGAAGGAGGAGGAGCGCAAGCGCAGCGCUCAUGACCACGCACACCUCCGCAAUAGGAAGCGGUCGCCGGACCUCGCCCGGGAUCAUAGAGCACGGAGGAGAGAGCUGCUGAGGUCCAAAUCGGAGACAUCGGACUCCUCGGAGGAGAGCUCAGAAGGCGAGAAGGAAGAGAUGCCCCAAAAGGUCUCAAAGCGGGCCAAGGUAUCGGCGAAGCGCUCCAAGAGCUCGGGCGCCACGCAGAAGGGCGAGCCGCCGCCGGAGCCCUCGGAGCCUUCGGAGCCCUCGGAGCCCUCGGAGCCCUCGGAGCCGCCGGUGCGCACCGGCCGCAAGACGAACAACUCGCUCGCCUGUGCCACCGGACAGAUCCUCAUACCGGACUGCGACGAGCCGCCCACCGGCACCAGGAAGAAAUUGAAAACAUCGCAGAUAUUCGGCCAAAGCGAUGAAGAUGUGCAGAUCGACAUGUACAAGGUACUCGAGCAGCUGACCGCGCACGACGACGCGUGGCCUUUCAUGGACCCCGUGGAGGAGGAGUACGCGCCCAACUACUACGCGGUGAUAAGGCGGCCCAUGGACCUGCGCAAGAUGGAGGAAAGGCUCGACGCCGGCCACUACACGGACUUCGAAAUGUUCAAGGCCGACUUCAAGCUGAUCGUGAACAAUUGCCGCCUGUACAACGGACAGGACAACGAAUACACUACGAUGGUGGACAACUUGCAAGCGGCUUUCGACCGUCUCACCGAGAAGUACAUUCCCCGCGUGUCGUCCUCGGACGAGGAGAUCGCGGUGGAGUACCAGCUGCCGACGCCCUCGCGCAAGCACAAGCUCAAGCCGAGCGAAUCGCCCGUUCGCCACAAGAAGCAAAGGAGGAACACCCACACCGAGACGGUUGAACCAAAAUCAAGUUCGUCUGAGAAGUUAAUAGAGCAAGAAAAGGAAGAGGAACAACAAGAAGAAGAGACACCAGAACCAAGUGAAAAGAAAAAGUCAAAAGAAUCUCAUAGAAGUAAACAGGGUAAAGAAAAAAAGAAACGGAAGGGUCAUCAUCGACAUGGAAAACAUUCCAAAAAUCAUAAGAAAAAUUCACAUAAAUCUGAGCAUGGGUCUAAAAGCAAGCACGGUAAAAAGCAGAAGCAUGCCAAAAAUAAAGAUAGGGAAGGGAAAAAGUCGAAGAAAAAGAAAAAUAAGCAUCAAGAGCCAGAACCCGUGGUGGAACUGAUUCAACGCAGUGAGUCGCAGGAGUCCCUGGAGAGCUCCAGCCGGAGCCGCAGCGCAAGCCCGCUGCCGUCCAUCCGCACGCCGACGCCCUCGCCCACGGAGCUGGACCACGUGGACCACGUGGACAGCUUGGACAGCCGGGAUAGUAGACACCUCCUCGAGGACCAAGAGCCGCAUGACCGCCACCCACAUGAGCAGCCCGAUCAACUGGCCGACCCGGACUUCUAUAAAGACAAAUAUGAUAAAAUCAAAGAGAGGAGGCGGCAUGCUGCUAAAGACGCAUGGGAUUCACUUUUUGACAACAAACAAAAAGUAGAAGACAAACCAAAACAAAAUUUGCGCAUCCCUGAGAAGGAGAAAAAUCAAAAGCUAAGAGAGACUAUCGAAAAACUUAAGGCAAAACAUGAGAAAUUCAAAGAGACUUCAUUAUUUAACAGUUUGUUUUCAUCACUGCAGAACGGGGCGGACAAAAGUUCCGACUCAAAUACAAGAGACUCGAGGGACUCUGACAAAGGCGACGAUGAGGACGAAGCAAACCCUGAUUUUUCGGAUGACGACGACGAUGUCCUUGACAAACCUACUAAUAAGAAAGGAAAAAAGAAGAACACCGCCCGAAAUGAAUCGGCUUCAGUUGCUUUGGAGCAAGCUGUCAAAGACAUAAGCAAGUGGUUAGAUGACGCUCCGAAAGUUUUUAUUGCAAGUUCCCCAUCUGACAGUCCAGCACAAACAAUAUCUACUGAAGACGCGGAUAACAGUCGCCAAGAUGACGAUUCAUCACAAGGCGAGAAGCCUUUGCAAACGAAAAAGGAAAUAACUCGCAAGAGACCUUCCUCAUUGGAACCGAAACGAAUAAAACGAAGAGAAAUACAAAGGACAAUUGACAGAUUGCAACCAGGAAAGAGUAAGGGGAACUUAUUGACUAAUUUAACUAAUAAAAACUCUGAAAAACUUGAGGAGUCGGCUCCUGUAAAUGUCAAUAAAAGGGAAGUGAAAAUCGAUGAAUCGAGCCCGAAGCUGAGCCUCGGAUCAGUUUUGCCCUCUGUUGAUUUCACCCUCGGCAGUGACCAUAAUUUCUCGAACGACGACGAGAGAGUCGAUGACGGUAAAGAAACUGCCUCGACAACAUCAAUGGCGAAACCGAUCGCGGAAGUAUUAAAAAGUGAUAACAAAAAGGAGGAGAAACAGCCACCUCCGACGAAGAGAGACGCGGAGGUCGAAACUGAACCGACAAUGCCACUAAAACCCAAUCAAGAGAGAGCGACGCCCAAUUUGAGCGCUUGGUUCAAAGCAUUCGGCGCACCUAAAAAUACGAGCUCGACUUUAACAACAAAGAAGAAAGGCGCAGACGUCGAGCCUGAAGAGAAAAUUCAGGAAGUGUCUGCGACCGUUGAUAGUAAGUUGGCCAGUGCUAAACAUGGUGUUAAAUUGGACUCGGCUAGCGGGCCAGAGACACCCAAUCCAGAGAGAGGCGAAAGCCCACUGCCCAGCGCGACAGCCACCCCGAUGCAGCGGCGCACCAGCACCGGCAGCUCUGUGUCGGAGCGUUCUUCCUUCAGCCAAGACCUAGACUCGCCACGACAUCUGAUGUCCCAUAAUUCCCCUCUACUGCAAUCUCCCGCGUCCCCAAGAGUUGAUGAUUUUCAAAAGAUAUCCUACCCCAUCAUAAACGGAACCGUUAGGGCUGGCUUUUACCAAGACACGACGUCCGUCAAGAGCAGUCCAGAGAAGAGCAGCAGCCCACGUGAAAUGCCACAAUCACCGUAUUCACCAUACUCUCAACAUGUGUACAUAUCAAAUAGCGCAACGGGUUCAGCAACGCCAAACUAUUUCGUUGAUCACAAUAAGAGCCCUCUGCCAACAUAUGGUCAAAAUGUUCCUUCAUAUUAUGAUUCAUCAAAAGCUCCUGUCGUUGACAAGCCGAUUCGUCCACACGAUGAUUAUAAUACGCCUUUGGCACCAGAACCAUACCAGCAGAACCAAUAUAAUAGCGCAUAUUCAGCGACUACGCCACGGUAUCCGCCGGCUAAGAACUAUCCACAAUCCCAGAUUUCGCCGCAGCCGGAUUCGGUGAUUGCUAACCCUGUACCAAGUGCUUCUGCUAAUAAUUCAGACCCUAAAGCAACGCACUUCCCGGUCAAGAAACGAACCUACAAUGAGCCUGAACAACUUACCAAAAAGCCUAUAGACCCAAAGAAUAUGUCUCCUGUGCUGUCGAAGAACGAUUACCAAAAAUUACCGCUGUCUGCGCAUCAGAUGCCUGUGAUAUCUACUGCGUCCGUCGACGAUAUAGCUUUGGCAUUAAGUGAAAAAUCUGAUAUGAUUAAACUUAAUAGUUUACGGGAGAAAGGUGCCGUAGAAUACGUUGAUAGGCAUCUCGCUGAGAACAGAAACGUAUAUGAAACAAGUGACCAUCUUGUCCCAGAGGGCAAAAAAGACGUCGCUAUUUCGGAUUCGAACAAGUCUAUAAGUAUGAUGAAAGCAGAUAAUGUCGAUAUGAUUAAUAUGGGCUAUAUGAACCCAGAACACGACAGGCGAAAUGGCAAUGAAAUGCACCACGAUAUAGAUUUUGCAAAACCCAGUGCAAUAAAUCUCGGAAUGAACAAUCACCAGGCGAAAUGUGCUAUGGGCGCUAGCAACAUGAUUCCAGCGCAUUCCCAUGAGAGGCAGCUCCCUGAGAUGAGCAUCGGCCAAAACAUUCCUCUCGCCCACCACAAUCCCUACGAAUCCAGUACGUUCUCUCUCAAUGACAUUGAGUUGGCUAACAAAAAGUUGUACGCUUGCAACAGCACCCCGGCGACUGCCGCAAUCGAUUACGGAAAUUGGAAAGUUACGAAUCAGGUACGAAAGUCUGAUAUCAUGCCGUCGGAUUAUUCUACCACAUACAGCUCGAGCAACGAUGAAAAACAAAAAACGGAAAUAAACGUGACCAACUCAGCCGCUAUCAACUACAAUAAGAAUCUACAACAGCAACAGUAUAAUGCAUACAACAAUGUACCACGGGCUAGCCUUCAGCGUUCCCAGGAGAUGCAGCAAAGCCUUGCGGCUGAAUUGCGAAUACCGAACCCACGUGGCUUACUUAAGAACGAACACGUGGGCGUGUCGCAGGCGACCGGCGACAGCGACUCCAUUGCCAAGAAUAUCGAUGCCGUUGGAAAAUCACAAAAAAAUGUU